UCGCGUAAACACGCAAGCACGCAAGGUGAUCGGUAAAAGAGAGGAAGAAGAAAGUAUCGAAGGAUCGGCGAACGAAUCACAUCACGCACGCGAGACGAAGAACUCGGAACUCGGAACUCCGAUCCGACGGGGCUCGCGCGUCGUUCGCAGAGACACGAGCGUAGACAUCGUACGAAGCGAGCGAUCAAAGACGGGUAGGUUAGAAUCACAGACAGCGUCGCUCCGAUCUCUCUGUGUCAGUGGACGACAAUCGUCGGACGAAUACGAAACAAAAUGUCUUACAUGCUAUCGCAUCUCCACAACGGGUGGCAAGUGGAUCAAGCCAUCUUAUCGGAAGAAGACAGAGUCGUCGUAAUCAGAUUCGGCCACGAUUGGGAUCCGAUGUGCAUGAAAAUGGACGAAGUUCUGUACAACAUAGCGGAGAAGGUGAAAAACUUUGCCGUGAUUUACUUGGUGGACAUCACGCAAGUACCAGACUUCAACAAAAUGUACGAACUGUACGAUCCGUGCACGGUGAUGUUCUUCUUCAGAAACAAACACAUAAUGAUCGAUCUGGGAACCGGAAACAACAACAAGAUCAACUGGACCCUGGAAGACAAACAGGAAAUGAUCGACAUCAUCGAAACGGUGUACAGAGGCGCGAGGAAAGGCAGAGGUCUGGUGGUGUCACCGAAGGAUUACUCGACGAAGUAUCGUUACUAAUCGCCGCCGCCAGCGCACACCCGUGACACGCGAAACGAGAAGAGGAACCGGAACCGGAACUGGGAACGAGAACCGAGCGAAGCGGCGCCGAAGAAAACGACGGCGAAGACGGGCACAGCGGUGGACGACGGUGGCGCGAAACUAAAAAACGCGAUCGUACACGAAUCGUGGGGUACGAGAACAGAAAAAACGCAGGGUAUCGGCUUCGCGAGCCCGUCUUUACGGACAGAAGUCGCGCGCAUCGGCCUUGGGACAACGGUCCCAUUAAUAAAGGAUCGAGUCGUUAAUCAUU